AUGAUGGAUGAGUCCCGCGGACAUGAUGGCGGUGGUGUCCCCUCGUCUGCAGCGGCCCCUACUGCUGCGCCGGGUCCACUACGGACUUUACCCACUCCACUUCCAGCAUCUCUCCACCCAGAUGGUGUACAUUCUGUUCAAUUUUUGGAAAGCACCUCUUGUACGUCAGCUACCAGUCCUUCAGAGACCAGCUCAAACUGUAUUUCUUCGAAUUCAUCAAUCAACGGUCAAUCUCAAACACGUGCAAACCAAGACGAUGGAGACCCCAAUGAUCUCGAAUCACACAUUCCAAUCGGAGUGCUAUGGAGGAGUGCAGAUCCCCAGACAGUAUACCCAGGGCCAGAGAUUGCUCUGCUAGAGGCACAUCGCUGGAUCCGGACACAUGUUUUGAAUGAGAGCAGUAAUGUUCAAGUUUAUGUCGACCAUAGAAUGACCAACCGGGGGAAUACUCAGCGAUCAAUCACAAAACUCCGAACUGCUCUGAAGGUCGUGAUGGCGCAGAUUGACGCGUCCCCCGGAUCAUGGGAAGGCCAACAUCAACCCAAUGGCCAAAAUGCGGACACAUUGAACGGUGCAGAGGACGAGUCACUGUGGUACAUUUUCAAUACUCUGAAGAACCCAUCUCCCCAGGUGGAGACUAUGAAGGACGAUUGGUCCCGACGAGCUAUGGAGUAUUUGUUGUCAGAAGAGGACUUUUCCGACCUGGGCCUCAAGACUCAACUCUUUCCAUACCAGCGCCGUUCAGCUGCCAUUAUGGUCCAGCGUGAAGCACAGCCAGCACAGAUGCUAGAUCCACGUUUGCAAGCGUGUCAGACCCCGAUGGGGUGUGAGUAUUACUACGACAAGGAAGACGCUUACAUAACUCUCGAUAAAGUGCUGUACUCUGAGGCUUGUGGAGGUAUUCUUGCUGAGACUAUGGGCUGCGGUAAGACCCUUAUUUGUCUAGCGGUCAUCUGGGCCACUCGCGGGCACUUCCCAAAAAUCCCGAUCAAGUACAUGUCCACACCAGAAAGGCCAGAUCUGGUCCCCAUAAGGGGAACAACUGGCUCGCUCAUGGAUAUGGCGGCUGCGGCCGCGGGACGCCAUUCUGAGCCGUGGAGAAUCUUCUUUUCUGAACGACAACAAGAGGGGAGAUUCUACGAUCGGUGCAUGAAGGCAUGCGAGGCAAAUCGUGGUUUCUACGAGAUUCCUCCGCAUCAGACCAGAUACCGAGGUCGGCACAGCCAGUCAUACGCGCGACCUCCGGGUAAGAAAAUUCGUCUUUGCUCGGGAACACUUGUCAUUGUACCAAACAACCUGAUGGACCACUGGCAGCGCGAGAUCAAGACCCAUACUGAUGGAUUAGAGGUCUUGGUUCUGCGCCAAGGAUCGGACAAGACCCCCUCAGCCGACGAGCUGCUGCAUUAUGACAUUGUCCUCUAUUCCAAGACGCGGUUUGAGCGUGAAGCUGGUGAGCCUGUUCAUAAUCGGCGCGGGAGGCUCGUGCAGGUUGAUUCGCCUCUUAUGCAGCUUCACUGGCUGCGAGUUAUUGUGGAUGAAGGACACAAUGUUGCGGGUCAUGGAUCAAAAACAAAUAUGAUACAUCUGCUCAGUCAGCUGCAUUUUGAACGCCGAUGGGUCAUUUCGGGAACACCGUCCACUGGGCUAUACGGCGUGGAAGUCAGCCUUGCUUCGCAAGAAGCAAAUACCAGCGACACCGAGUCCCCCGAAGAAAUCACUGCCGCUGCGUUGCGAGGCCGGCAGAAGACAGGUAAUGCAGUGGAUAACGAAUUAAAGGAUCUGGAUAGACUCCGCCGCAUUGUGAUCGAGUUUUUAGAUCUGCAGCCCUGGUCUAAUUCUCGGGCCGAGGACCCUGCAGAUUGGACCAAAUACAUCAAGCCGAUCGGGAAAAAUGGCAAGCGUCGCAAGACUCCGGCGAUGCGAGCAACCCUCCAAGGUCUGGUGGUGCGACACCGAUUAGACAUUGUCAGCAAGGAAAUUUACAUUCCAAAGCUCUACAACAAAGUUGUCUAUCUCGAGCCAACCUUCCACGAUCGUCUAUCCAUCAACUUGUUCCUGUUCGGCCUUGCUGUCAACUCGAUCACGUCCGAGCGUCAGGGUCCGGAUUACAUCUUCGACCCCAGCAACCGAAAGCAUCUCAAUCAAACGAUCAACAACUUACGCCAAGCAGGGUUCUGGUGGGCAGGCUCCGACCUCAAUCCACAGGAUUCCAUUGAUCAUAGCCUGAAAUACAUGGACAAAAACCGGGAGAAGAUGACGAUAGAAGACAUCGAUCGAUUGACGCGCGGAAUGGACAUUGCGCGUGUAGCAAUGGCCUCCAGCAGCUGGCGUCAAUUCAAGCAUCUCCAUGAACUUGGCAUCUUCAUCAAGGGCUUCCCCCACGACCACCGCGCGCACUGGGCACUUGAUCAAAACAGUCCAGAAAAGGAACCCAUGCUUAUCGGCAUCACACAAGCUCGCCGUGCUCAGCAGCAUGUCACCCAGCAUCUCAAGUCCUUCAAUCCAACGCAAGGACUAGCUGGCGCAGGCAUCAAAGCUCGAACUGAACUCGAACGACGCGACCAACGGAGCCCGCCUAAAGGGGCCCUCGAAUCUUCCAGUAGCACCAGCGCCGCUCCGGGCCGGCUAAAUCAUAGUCCCAAGCCACAGACCAACAAAUCACCCAAGAAGACCUUCACGCGCAACCUCUUCCACACGCUCCCCGCAACAUCCCCGCUCCAGCAGACCCAGUUCCUCGCCACUGCCUCUGCAAAACUAUCCUACCUCCUUGACAAAGUGCUCGAGCUGCAAGCCACCGAAAAAAUCAUCAUCUUCUAUGACAAUAACAACUCGGCCUUCUGGAUCGCCGAAGGACUAGAGAUACUAGGCAUCGAAUUCCGCAUCUACGCCAGCACCUUAAAGCCUGAGCUUCGCACCGAAUACCUCAAGCUCUUUCGCGAAGCGGAAGAUGUCCGUGUGCUUCUGAUGGACCUACGGCAGGCCUCGCACGGUCUGCACAUAGCCCAGGCGUCGCGGGUGUUCAUCGUGAAUCCGAUCUGGCAACCGAACGUGGAGAGCCAGGCAAUUAAGCGCGCACAUCGGAUCGGGCAGACGAGGCCGGUGUUUGUGGAAACACUUGUGCUGCGGGAUACGCUGGAGGACCGGAUGCUGAGGCGGCGGAAGGAGAUGUCUGAAGCAGAGAUGCAGCAUGCGGAGAAGAGUUUACUCGAUGACGGUACGAUGAGCGCAAUCAUCCAGAAUGAGCCUUUCUUGGAGAUGGGCCCGGAGGAAAGCACUGCGGCAGCGUAUUUGGCGAGGCCGACGGGAUUCUUUGAUCGGCAUCGGCUGCCUGUUCCGGAUGAUGAGAAUGAUGGUGUGAGUCGUUCAGCGAAGGGCAAGGGCAAGGGCAAGGGCAAGCGUGUGCCUGGGGUGGGAGAGUCUGAUGCGGAUGAAGGUGCGCUUAUGUUGGAAAGUCCUACGCCCUUGGACAAGAAGCUGCGCGUUGGAUUUGCUUCCAAUGUUGAGGUGCUGAUGCACAAUGAUGAUGCUGUCCAGAGUCAGUCCAAGACGAAGCGUGCGCUUUUCGUCGAACCAGAUGCAAGCUCGGGCGCAGCCGGAAGUCCUGUGCCCAAGAAGCAACGCAUUGGCUUUGCAUCGAGUGUGGAGAUUCUUGGGGACGAACGUACAUCUGAAUCCAAGGAGUCAAACAUCAAGACAUCCUCUCCACUGCCGCCUUCUGAUGGUGGCGAAGGUCUAGGUCAGCGGCGGGACUCGCUUUUCGGCCCAUGA